AGGGGUAUGGGGAGGGCUCAGGGCAGAACGGGUUGCCUCCAGCCUCCUUACCCCUGCCACAGAGCCUGGCCUGGUUAAGCCCAGAGCCAGGAAACAGGCAGACUUUGGAUCCAGUUCCUUUGUGCAGCUGGGAGGCCCCUGGCAAGUUACCCAAUUCUCUGGGCCUCCGUUUUCUCAGUCAGACGAGCAGGACAGUAACAUCGGCCUCACUGGGUGCUAGAGGGACAGAGCCACCACUUUGCACGAUACCCAGUACCCAGGAGGUGCCCUCUUCAUUUGGCAGAAUUUACUGUGGGCCUACUAUGUGCUGGGCACACUAGGCGUAGUUCCCAGGGGGAUAUAGUGGAAGUGGGACCAACCAGACCACUGAGCCCACAGAGCGGAUAAGACAAGGACAGAUGGGAGGAGCACAGUGGAGGGUGGGAGCAGGUGCCUCAGGGGACAGAGGGAAGCCCGACUGAUUCAACUCCUACAAAAGUCCUUGUAGGAGCCGCCUGUAUCGGGGCCGGGGAUACAGGAAUGAAUGAAUGAGUGGCUGCGGCAAUGAAUGAGUGAAUGAACCAGCAAACGUGGAAGGUGGGCCAACACAGGGAGAAAAGGGGAAGGGCAGGGCGGGCGGCCUGCAGCAUGCAGCAGGCGCUUACUCAGUGCUGGCCGAGGGCAGGGAGGGAGCAGAGCCUGUGCCCAGGGGCUGUGUCCUGUCUUGCAGUGGAGAACAUGGCUCACUGUGAGUUCCCCCUCCUAAGAGACCUGCUCAUCCGCUCCCACCUCCAAGACCUGAAGGACAUUACCCACAAUGUCCACUACGAGAACUACCGCGUCAUCAGGCUGAACGAGAGCCACGCACUGCCCCGUGGGCCUGGCUGGGUGAACCUGGCCCCUGCCCCUGCCCCCACUCCCACCCCUGCCAGCCCCCGGACCAGCCCUGGGCUCACGAAGGUCUGCCGGUGGGCCCAGGACAACUCAGACGAGGACUCCUGAGCACGGGUGCAGCCCAGGGCCCGCGGGGCUCCCCGAGUCCUCGGCAGUCCCCCAACACACACCUGUGUCCCAGAGCAUGUAUUAAAAGUGGACAAUGCUUUUUAUGAAAAGCUGUGCUUUGAAAGCAAAAGGUGUUUUGUAAGUGACUUCUCUCAGCUCUUCUCAAAUCAAAAUACAGUUCUUUGUAAAGUGACAGGGUGAGACCCCCCGCCCUUGGGCUUCUUGAAGAUCUGGGCGGGCCUGCUGCCCAGAACCAGAGUCAAAUUCUAAAUUGCACUCUGCUGUCCCCAACCCCUCCGUCCUGGCACGGGGCACCAUAAACAGUUAAAAACUCCCCAUCUUUGGAGUUCCCGUCAUGGCUCAGUGAGUGGUUAACAAACCCGACUAGUAUCCAUGAGGAUGCAGGUUUGAUUCCUGGCCUCACGCAGUGGGUUAGAUCCCACACUGCUGUGAGCU